AUGUCCAAAGAGGUCACCAUCAUCAAUGCACAGCGUAGCUACAUCAUAAGAAAGAGAAUCAUUCUCGAGACGCCUUCCUAUGAAGGCUCCAUCGGUAGGGAUGACCUGGAGGCAAACUUUGAGAAGGAAGCCAGCUUCAACUACCUGGCGCCACUGGUCAAGAUUGACUGCAAAACAGUAACCGUCGAUAUGGAUCCGGAAGAGCUUUCUAAAUGCAAUGGUACUCAGUACGAGCUGCCACUGGACCCAGCCUGGGAGAUGGAUAGAGAACGUUUGGUUUUUGGUCGUGAGCUUGGUUCGGGUGAAUUCGGCAUCGUUAUGGAGGCGGAGUACAGCACUGAAAACUACAAGAAGAUGGUUGCAGUAAAGAUGCUCAAAAAAGGACAUUCAGAUGAUGAGCUCUUGAACCUGGUUUCCGAAAUGGAAGUCAUGAAAAAAAUAGGCAAACACAAGAACAUCAUCAAUCUGGUUGGAUGCUGCACUCAAAACGGCCCACUUUAUGUGGUUGUCGAGUAUGCUCCGCAUGGCAACUUGCGUGAGUUUCUGGAGAAGCACCGCAACCUAAUGAAAAAGUCACUGGAUCAGCACUAUGUACCGGAAGGAUUCGACGGAAACGCCUUCAGGCCGAGCCUCUCCUACACUGACUUGAUCAACUUUGCUUACCAGAUUGCUCGUGGCAUGGAGUACUUAGCGUCGCAGAGAUGCGUUCAUCGAGAUUUGGCUGCCCGGAAUGUGCUUGUUUGCGAGAACAAUGUGCUUAAGAUUGCUGAUUUUGGCCUGGCACGCAACUUUGUUCAGGGAAGCGACUACUACCGCAAGACAACGGAUGGCAGAUUGCCCAUCAAGUGGAUGGCUCUGGAGUCACUCUCUGGACAGAUAUACACCUCGCAGUCAGAUGUGUGGAGCUACGGCAUUGUUCUCUGGGAGCUGUUGACACUCGGCAAAUCGCCCUACCAUGGCAUUAAUGCCUAUGACCUUCAACGACUACUCGAAAGUGGCCAGCGAAUGAAGAUGCCCACUAACUGCAGCCCGGAAAUAUACCAACUGAUGCAGGACUGCUGGAAAGCAGAGCCCAAUGAACGACCAAACUUUUCGCAAAUCGCCCAAAAGUUAGAAGAAGUUCUGAGUGACCUGGGAAAUAGCUAUAUCACUCUCGAUGUGGGCUCCUUGUCGAUGCCAUCCGACGAAGAGGACUCGAUUGAUGCGGCCAGGUACAACGUUCCCAAUUCCAGGCCUUGCACAGCGAUGGAAGAGCCAGCGUACAAGAACGGCUGGGUGUGCAACAUGGAGAUGAUGCAAAAACCAUCAAUGUCUAAACAGCCCGUCGCUGCUGAUCUGGACCAAAUUUCUGCACAGCUGAUGAGUGGCGACAAGAACUCGAGUGCACUUCGAGACAGAUUUCUUGAUCAGAAUCACCACUACGUCAAUGGGUACGCAUUGCGAGAAACACUGCGCCAAGCCCAGCCACCACCACCACCAACGACAAAUGAUGAGCCCGCCGUUUCUCCGAUGACUCAGCACAACCUGACCUACGUCCAGUCGAUGAACACUCGGCCAAAUACGAUCAUGAACAAGUGCUAUGAGUUAGAUUUGGGUUUUCGACUUAGGCAAAUGUCCAAACUGAUGCCUCAAAGGCAACAUCAGGUGCCUCAAGUAAUGCCCCUUUGUGAUAUGACCCUCAAUAAGGACUACCUGUGA